CUCCCACACACAUGACUGAUCACAUGUUCAUGAUAUCAUCAAAGGUCCUUUAGUCAACUUCGCACCUACUGUAAGGUGACUGUACGAUACAUCAGUGAAUGGGAUGCGGAAGUCUGUUAUCUCAUACGGCGCCAUCUUCAGGGAAGUUUGUUCAUUGCCAAAUAGAAAAGGUCCUUGUCAUCCUCUAUCAACAAGAUCAAUAGCUUCAUUGACAAACAGGAUGGGAAACUUUUUUUCCAACCCUACAGAUCUGUCUCCAUCUGAUGCUGUGAAUAUGAUAAAGGAGACAAUCUCACAAAAUUGUGUAGUCAUUUAUUCAAAGAGCUCGUGCCCAUAUUGCACAAUGGCCAAAGAGGCAUUCAAUAGCAUAAAUGUGAAUUAUAAGACCAUUGAGCUGGAUGACGUAGAUAAUGGUAGGGAGAUUCAACAAGCCCUUCACCAAAUGACUGGAGCCAGAACAGUGCCAAGAGUGUUUGUAAAUGGAACCUGCAUUGGAGGCGGCACCGAAACCCGUCAACUAAACCAACAGGGCAAAUUACUUGAACUAGUCCAGCAGUGUAAGAUCACAGCCAACGGGAGCUGACGGCCGACAGCUUGGACUUAGAAUUGCUUAGCUGAAUUUUCUCUUAUGUAUGUUUGUGUCAUUUUAAUUUUAUUUUAGCCCAAACCUAUUUCUCGCUAGAAUGUGUCACUUUCUUAAAUUUAUAUGGCUGUCCUGUCCUUAUGUAUUAUUUAUGAAACUGCAACACCAAGAAGGAAAUCCCAGAAUCAAUAGACAUUGUCAUGAUAUGCAAAUAAUGAAAACAUUAAUUGAUUUAUUAAUUAUUGAGUAUGAACGCCACACACAGAAAUACACUCUCUUUCAGGCUUUGGCAUGCUAUCUGCAAGGUUAAAAAUAUAUGUGAUUAUACCAGCACUUCCGGUGAUAACCUAAAGAUAAGCAGCCAGGUAUUUUUUAUGGAUCCCUGUAGACCAUAAAUAAAAUAUUCAAAGCUAGAAGUAAUAAAACAAUAAAUACCAGCGCUAUGAUAAUAGUAAGAAUGUUUAUCAAUAAGUAGAUUAAAAGUGAAAAGAAUUGAAUAUCUCUCAGUAACCAAUGAUGUCCCUGGAGAGAUAUUAAAUUUUUUUCACUUUUUAUCUAUUUAUUAAUAAACAUUCUUACUAUUAUCAUAGCGCUGGUAUUUAUUGUUUUAUUACUUGUAUUUGUAAGGUUAUUAAAGGGGUACUCCGCUGUUCAGCAUUUGGAACAAACUGUUUCGAAAUUCGGAGCCAGCAACAGGAGCUCGUGACGUCAUAGCCCCACCCCCUCAUGACGUGAAGCCCCGCCCCCUCAAUACAAGCCUAUCGGAGGGGGCGUUACAGCCAUCACGCCCCCUCCCAUAGACUUGCAUUGAGGGGGGGUGAUGUCAUGAGGGGGCGGGGCUAUGACAUCACGAGUUACCGGCUCCAGUGUUCGGAACAGUUUGUUCCAAUCGCUGAGCAGCGGAGUACCCCUUUAAGGGAACAAACAUUGCACUGAAUGCAUGAAAAUUAGGAAUAUCCUUUGCUGGCAGCUCCCUUUUGCAGUUGCCGACCAAUGAUGUUCCAAUAAUUUGCUAGAUGGGAGACAAGUCUGGAGACGUUGACGGCCAUGGUAGAACGUUUAGGCUAGGUUCACACUACGAAAUUUCACUCUGCAAUUCUGCUUUGAAAUUGCAGGCAGAAAUUCUGCUAGCUAAAAUUUCUGCCUGAAGAAUGGUAGUGCUCCUUUUUAGGCGGAUUUUCGCUGCAGAAUCCCAUUGACUUCAAUGGGACUCUAAUUUGAAGGCGGAUUUUUACCCAACGCAGAUUGGAAGCGGAUUGCAGGCGUAAUUUCCGUACGGAGUUUAGUCGGAGUUUUAAUCUGGUUCUGGUCAUGUGACCAAAUGGUCCAAAAGAUGGCGAACUUUGGUCCCACUGCACUCCCACUGUUUUCUGCUUCAAAUUUCCAUUUUGAAUUGGGGCGGAAAAUCCGCCUGGAAUAGAAUACUUGUGGAAAUAACAAAUUCUGCCUGCAACAGAAAAUAGGCUUUGGAAGUGGAAAUUAUUCUACCAAACUUUUGCAAGCUGACAGGCGGAAUUUCAGUAGUGUGAACCUAGCUUUAUGAACACACAGAGAGGUAUAGCUGGAACUACUACCUCUGUUCACUUGCUGAUGUGCUGCAAGUCCCCCGUCGAUGCGCUGCUACCGCUACUCCCCUGCAGCCUGUAAAGCGGUGCUCAGUCCCAUAAGUGAUACACAAGUGGUGAAUGAACAAUAGAGAUGGAACGGACGGCAACACCCUGUAAUCCACGUCUUCUUUAUUGGCAGGGACGGGUUCAGUGACAAACAGGUACAAUCAAACAGAAGCGUGUAAUUCGUAACGUUGCUCUGUUUGAUUGUAACUGUUUGUCACUGCACCCGUCCCUGCCAAUAAAGAAGCCGUGGAUUACAGUGACUUGCUGUCCGUUGGAUCUCUAUUGUUCAUGAACCUAGCCUUAGGCUGAUCACAGUAGCACAAGCAUCAUGCAGGUUGGGGUUGUUGUGUUGAAAAACAGCUCCUGGGAGAAAUGGUCGUACCAUUGCUUCGAUGAUUGAAUCAGUGUAAUGCUGAGUGUAUCUGGAAUGAAGACUAGACAAACCCGGCUACUGUACAUUAUGAGACCUUACUGCUUAAUCCCAGGAGUAGGACUGGUGUGACGUUCCCUCCUCAACCCUGAAAAUGAUAACACUAAGUAGGACAAGCCAUAAGGCAAUGGUGUUGAGUAAGACGGCAGUGGAGGUCUAUCCUUGUCAGCGAUGGAUUCUGCUUUUGUCUCCGAUGCAGCGAUAGCCAUAGACCACAUGGACAACACCAUGAAGAGGCCUUUACAUUAGAACAUCACACAGGUCUUAGUCCUGAAUUGUGGUGUCAUAAUGUACAGUAGCCGGACACCUCUAGUCCUCAUUCCAGGGAUACUAACAGCUCGGCGUUACAUUGAUUAGCGGUGGAACCAGUUGUUCGGCCAUUUGUUCACAGACGGUGCAUUCCUGUGCGGUCCUAUCACUGACAUAUGCCGGCGCUAGGACCGCACAGGAAUGCAUUGUCUCAAACGCAGCUGCGCAUUCCGUUAGGACUCCACACAAAGAGUGAACAUGUCCCUUCUUUGUGCGGACAUGGAAAAUGUAAUUUCUGCGCCAGAAACACCUGGCACAGAAAUUCCACUGUGUGCACAGCGCAGCAGAAUUCCAUUGAAUUCAAUGGGACUCUGCUGCAGCGGAAUCUCCGUGCGGACUUUCCGACUUGUGAACCUAGCCUAAUUGUGUUUAUAAGCCAUGUGAACAUGCCCUGAGGCUUUCUUCAGGCACACUUUUUGCACAAUGUUUUUUUGGGGCUUGAAAAAUAUAAUAGCAUGCUGCAUUUUCUAAAAACUGCCACCUGCCAGAAAAAGAGAGAAAAACACAAACAAAACAGCCAUAUAUGUAUAAUGUUUUCAGAUUUCCUUACUGACCUCCAGCUAACAUCUUGCCGAAGGUUGUUUUUUUUCCAAUGCCAAUGUGAAAUCUUAGGGAAGAUUUACACAGUAUUUUCCCCAUAAGGGCAGGUUAAUCUUGUAUCAUUUUUGUAGAAAAUCACAACUACAGUUUUUGAUGCAGCUUUUAAAGGGGUACUCCUCUGGAAAACAUUUUUUUCUAAAUCAACUGGUGCCAGAAAGUUAAACAGCUUUGUAAAUUACU